AUGACAAACGCUAUCGUGGAGGCAUUAACCAGGUUUAUCCUGGACCCGGCAAACCAUGACAUCCUCGCCAUCCUCAAAGGACUGCGAAAUGGCCUCGUCUACGGCACCAAAAUCCGCUUCCCGCAUGCCCUCGUUAUGACAUUCCUCUUCCGCUCUGGCACGCUGCAGGAUAAAGCUCGGAUGAUAUACAAAGCUACACGAGCACAUGCCCUGAAUCUGGGAGUCUAUGUCACGAUUUGGAAGGGAUUAAUGCUGGUUAUGAGGAUGAUGAGUAGAGCGGGGAAGGAGAGGAAUGGGGAUUCGCUUGUUGCGGGGUUGGUUGGGGGGUGGAUUGUGUUUGGGCGGAAUUCGAGUGUGAAUCAACAGAUAAACCUAUACUGUUUCUCCCGAGUAGUCCUCGGCUUCGCCAACCUCGCCGUGAAAAAAGGGUACAUCCGCCUCCCCUCCUCCACCCCCUCCAAUUCCCAUGCUCCCCCCUCAACCGUCGACAUAACCUCCGCCUCAGGCCUAACCUCCCCCGCCUCCCUCAAACGCCCCAGAGAGAACUACUACUGGCCAGUUUUCGCAAGCGUGACAUGGGGAACCGUGAUGUGGCUUUACCAGAAUCAUCCGGAUUGUUUACAGCCGAGUUUGAGGAAGAGUAUGGAGUAUUUGUAUAGUCAGAGUGACAGGUGGGAGGGGUGGAGGAAUUUUGUGUGGCAUAAUGUGUGA